CGGUCUGCGUCCAAGCGUGGAAAGUAGCUAGUAAACAUUGACCAAGUAGUGAUAGCGUUCGGAUAAAUUUGAUAGUCAAUUUAAGAAAAUUUAAGCUUUUCUCUCACCCAUAAACUGGUGAUUUCAACAUACUUGAUGAUCAGGGUAAUAUCRAGUUCAUUUUAACGUAUUUUAUAGGUGUUUCGAUUGAUUAAUUCAUGAUGAAAGAGGACGUCAAUUUGCCACCUUCUCGAAGCCAGCCUGAAAGACCAACAACAUCUGCUCUAAAACAAAGAUCAGCGGAAGCUAUACCCAGAGAUAUAGACUCUAGAGCUUCCUCCUUGAGCAAUACCCCAGUAUCCAACGCUCGACCCGUUCCACCUGGAGUAAGACUAACUUCGUUAUCAGCUUUAUACAAGCCAGCUUUCAAACCCUACGCUUUUUCACAUAUGUACAAUACUAAAUAUAGCAACGAUUUUCAAGGGACAUACGCAGCACCGCCGUCACCGCUAAGGCCUGAAUCAACUAACUACGCAACAAUAGAUUAUAAUUUCACRACAACCAUGUAUAAUCAACAUUUCCAAAAACCAAAGCCCAUGCCAUUAGCAUUUGUGGUACCUUAUUCAAGACAUCGACAUAAUAAUCCCCAGCCUCGUAUGGCCAACAACUACAACUAUCCAGACUCUUCACGGUGGAUCUGGUCAUCUCCUUCAGCGCUACAGGGUAGCCGAGAAACACACUCUUCACAAGGUCCUCAAGGAUGGAACUCCAAUACUCGUAUUCCUUACCCUCGGCACCAUCGCUGGUGUUCAAGAUGAUGAUCUAGCAAUUCUACACUAGCUUGCUUUUUCAUCCUGUGAAUACUGUGUCUAAUGUAUCCCAUUGCCAGUGGAUCAGCAUCAAGCCGCUGAUGGUCAGAAAACCCGCUAGGCUCUGGAAACAAGGCAAUUCCCCAAAAUUAAAAAUCGAUAUGUUUUAGGGAAAAAGUUUUAGUUUGUAAAAUUAACUUAUUUUAAAUAUUAAAAGAUAGUCUUAAAAUUGA